UAUCAGAUAUAAAAUUCACUUUAACGUUACAUGAUAAAAUUAAAAUUCUGAUUUGUCUUUAAUUUAUCAAAAGAAACUAGACGAAAUAAAGCAUGUUUCGAUGCAGGAAGUAGACGAACUUUAUUUUUGACAGACCACCUGCUUUAAAUUGGCAUGAUGGAAAUACUGUUGGCAGGUCUCGAUUGUAAAGCGAGGCAGUGUGGACACCAUCUUACGCUGAAGGUGAGGAAAUGCGUAGGAACACUGAGCAGUAUUUAGAAAGACGCAACUGACGGCGCUCGGGUGUUCAUUUCCAGAAAAGAUGCCUUCAGGAGAGUUUAAGGCUGCUACGGUCAUUUAUCUAUUUACAUGCGCUGUAACAUCAUCAAGUCUAAAUGGCAUUGUUAUUUAUGUUUUCACGAAAAUUGGACUUAAGAAGCUAACUUUCAAAGAUGCUUUGGUUUUCAGCACAAGCAUUGGUGACUUUAUUCAGGCGUUGCUCGGGUAUUCUCUUGAGAUCUACGCAGCAGUGUCAACAAAAAACCAAGCAGUGAAAACUGGGAAUAAUUUUUGCAAGGCGUCUGCAUUCACCAUUACCUUCUUGGCCCUCUCCUCCACAGCCCACUUGACAGCCCUGGCAUACGACAGAUAUUUGAAGAUCUGCAAACCAUUUAUGGCCAACCGUAUACAUGGCUCUUAUAUUUUAUGCACAGCGUUCAUAUCAUCAUGCUGGACAUACGGCUUCGUGUGGGCAGCGUUUCCACUCAUUGGCUGGUCGGGAUACGAGCUAGAAAGCGACGCCCUUAGGUGUUCUAUUGACUGGGCAUCGAAGAAAACAAAAGACCACCUCUACAUCAUAUUUUUGUUCAUCUUCUGCUUCAUCAUACCCGUUUCUGUCAUGUGCUAUUCCUUCUACAGAGUGAAACAAGAGCUACGCGAGAUGCAGUCACGUGCUUCCAAUCUUUUUGGCCGUGAGUCCAAGGCAGCAAAGGACAACGUUCGAGCAGAGAAGAGACACACAAGACUUGCAAUCGUCAUGUGUAUGGUUUUCAUCAUAACAUGGAUGCCCUAUACCUUACUCUCUUUCUGGGCCAGCUUCUUUACACAUAUUGCUAAAUUCCCUAUUAUAUUGGCAACUAUAUCAGCAGCUAUUGCAAAAUCAUCGACACUUUCAAACCCAAUCGUAUACAUAGCUAUGCACAGGAGAUUUAGACGAAGGGUAUUGGAAACCCCUUUCUUUAAGGCUAUUUGCUGUCAAUGUUCUCUACUGAGAUGGUUUAGAAAACGUCCAUUGAAAAAAGGGCACCAAGAGUCAUGGGUUUAGCUGUUGCUGCAACGUUCAAUUCUUACCAAUGGUUGACGCUUAGUCCUCUAGCAGUUGAAAAAUUACAAAAUUCCAGCAUUGAAAAGAUUCUACACUAAAAAGUGACUACAAGUAAAAAACCGGUGAUGGUUUAAUUGUAAUUUGUUACAAUGUUAUUAGGUAAGAUUGGGUGUGCUCAUCUUUGGCAUUGAACUACCUCUGAAUUUUUUUGACUUCCUAUACAGAGCAAUGGGGAUUUGAAAGUUUCCUAGUCUAUGGCGCAGUAGUGUCCCAACCGACUUUGCUGACAUCUACGAAAGCUUUAGCAUAAAUUCACUGCAAAAUGUCUUUGCAGACCGUCCGGAUUGAUCACAUCCGAGCUGAUCCGGAUAUAAUUUGAGCAGUUAAAGCUACCAUGAGAUGAGUUUCUCAUGGCUUUAGCACUGGUGAUCGUGCUGCUGCCACUUACCCUGCGUCAGAGACGAAGAACAAGCCACUGCCUAUGUUGAAGUACUUAGCCUUCCAUGCCUACCGGCGUUGGGAAGUUGAAAUAUUUCGUGUGACCAGUUCCUUCGUUGCAUGUGACCAGUUCCUUCGUUGCAUGUGAUCAGUUCCAUAGUAGCUUUCAUGUGACCAGUUCCUUCUUAGUAGGCUGGACCAAUCAAAGCUGUUAAUCGUAAAGUUUCCUGCACUAUGAAAUAUCUAGUAUUUGCGAUUUGUGUUUUGGUACAGUGAAUGGAACCUUUAAACAGUAAGUUUGUACAGAAAAUUUGCGACAUCCGUCUAUAACACAGGCAGAUAUAGCUGCAUUUACUUCGAUUGUCAUUAUUACACGUUUUUGAAAAAAUUUACUACAGUAAACAUUACCCUGGAAAGUGUAAAUAUUACAAUUCAAUUGUUAACUGUUUUUAAUGCAUUAAUCAUGGAAAGACUGAUUUCCAUUAAAUCGUAGAGCGGUCGUAGAGGGAUCGGCGACAGUCUGCGAUCAUCUUUUUCUUUUCCCCGAUUCAAUAAAAGGAACACCUCUACAUUUUGCAUACAGCUGUAGGUAGUCGUCG